CCAGACCACCGUUCAGAUCCUGAGCAGCCACCACUCAGCCAUGGACCAGUCCAGACAGAUAUCAGUCUAUACUACCUACAUAGAGGUCUUUCUUUCCAGGAACAACACAGCAGACCCCAGCUGUAGCUCUGACACCCUGAACAGUGGAGACUGGCUGCUGAAGAACUUCAGAGGAUUCUCUGCCUUCGCCUCCUUCAAGGACAUGCAGAGACUACUGGCCAGCUUCUCUGUGACGGAGGCCCUGCCCCAGCUCACAGUGAGACAGUUGGCAGAGGUGUCCUCUAGUCCAGACCAGCUCAGCUCUGCUGCAGACGUCACCAUACUGAUGAACUACGUACCCAACAUCCUCUUCACUGACUUCUUCACGGACUUCUCUCUGGCCAUCACCGGUCAAGAGUCUAAGUUCCCGGUGGCGGUACGUUCAGCCAUGCUCCAGCAGGUGUUUGAACGCGGGAACCUAUCAGACCGCUCUGUUAGCGACCAAGAAGUACUCACCUGGCUUCAGAGCAGGCUCCGCCCACUGCUGAUCAACCUGUCCCCGCUUCAUGUCGCCCCCCUCUUCAGUGUGGUCGCACAGAGGAACUGCAACAUUGGACAGCAGCUGGUGGAGGUGCUGAACGCCACCCUCCCUACACUUCAGGACAACACACAGAGAAACGUCUACGAUCAAAUCACCCUCUCCCUCCAAGGCUCUUCCCCACUCCGUUGCUAUGGCGCAAACUACAACCACAGUUUCUAUGGUUAUCUGGAGAGUUCCUUCCUGGGUUUCGGCUUCCCCAACCUGACCACCUUCCUCUCCCUCAUACCCCAUAGCCAGAUGGAACAGCUGGUGAACUCUCUGCCUGUCUCUGACCUGGGUCGUUUCCUGCGCCGCCCCAAUGUUGUCGACGACGACACAAAACUCUGCCAGCUCUACAGCAACUACGCCAAGACCCCACUGUUCCUGGGGACUGAGAGUAUCCCUGAGUCAGUGAGGCGAUCCACACUGCCGUGUGUCUGGCCCCAGGCUCUCAGCAGCAGUCAGAGGUCAGAGGUCAACGCCUGGUUUGACCUGAGGCUGAAGAACUACCUGCCCUUCCUCACCAGGAGCCUGGUGACCUCCGCCGCUGUCCAGACCGCCCCUUGUCUGGCCUUCCAGAAACUCGUCUCAAUUCUGGGGAGUUAUAACUACAGCGCUGCAGACUUUGUGGAGAGAGAUGUGUACAGGGAGACCAUCAGGACGUAUCUCACCUCAGCGUCGGCUCCUAAGUGUUACAACACCAGUGAUCCAGAGCUCAACUCAACAGCCUGGUUUGCUGAGAACAUCGGACUCUUCAUCACUUAUCUCACCUUGGAAGACCUCAACACCUUCGGAUCAGCGCAGGUGUUGCAGGUGUUCACAGUGAACCUGGUGAACAUAGGUCUACUGAACUCCACUAGCCUGCCCCAGAACCUCACUGACUACUACACAUCACUGGUCUACCUACAGGACAGCAACUUCAACCCUCUGUUCCUUCCUCUGUUGUUUCGAUGUGUGGCCCCAGGGCCAGCCUUCAGACAGCUGGACGCUGAGCAGAGCAUGAUCCUUCUACACAACCUGACUACACUGUGUAGAGACCUGGACCCACAGGUGUCUGCAGCUCUAGCAGCUAACAUGGGAGACAACAUAAACAGCAACACCAUCGCUGCCCUCGGCAGAGAGAGUACAGGUCUAUCUGAGGGUCAGAUCACCAUGGCACCCGCCAGCGUUCUGUGGGCUUCCUUCAGCAUUCUGAGCACUGUGAUUGGCUGGAACCAGGGCCAGGCCAUGGCCAUCAUCCAAUCACUGAUGCUGUCAGGAGCCGUGAAGAUCAACAGCGCAUCCACCUUGACAGCGCUGGGUUCCCUGGUGACCGGUGUUCCCUCGGCAACCUUAGGCAGCAUCAGCGGCACAGAACUCCUCUACGCGUCCCAGGAUGCCACAUUCAUAACAUACAUGCAGACCGCCCCGACGAUCUUAAUCCAGACUUUCGUCACUCAGUUGAUCACAGUGAACCCAAACCCAGACAGUAUUCUCCAGAACGUCCCAGACAGCAUGUCUACUGAGAUCCCCAGGUCCCUGCUGCAGGGCUUCUCUCAGAACAGUGUGGUGGUGGAGAAACUGAACCGGAAGACGUGGAGACACGAACAGGCUGUGUUGUUCUUUGACACAGUGGCUCUAGGAAUUGACAACUCCGACAAUAUGUCAUCCAGCGUGCUCCAGGGCUUCACCUGCACCAGAGUGGCCAGUAUGACCACAACCAAGAUCAAGAAACUGGUCAAGGCCUGCAGGAGGAAGGGCAAGAACAGGGUCGCACUGAGAGAGACUCAGUUGACCUGCAUGUACAACUACAUCAAGGAAGAGUCAAAUGUCACCAGCUACAACCUGUACCCUCCUGACAUGCUGCUUUACUACGACUACAGUAAGGUUCCUCAGGACACCUGUCAGGACUACUUCAGUGAGCUGGGAGACGCAGACUUCUCCGUGUUCUCCGACGCGCUCAGCUUCAAACGCACAGCCCUGGUUAACAAUGUCAAGACCUGCCUGGGUAUCAGCGGCACGGUUCUGAGCAGUGACAACCUGCAGGUCCUAGGUAACAUGGUGUGUGUUCUGGACGGUUCCUACAUCCAGAACUCUGACCAGCUCAUCCUGCAGAAACUACAAAACUGUAAUGACCUCACCGACGAACAGGUGGCUGCCAUAGAAACGCUGUUGACGUCUGGGAAAACACAGUACGGACUCCCAGCUACCUGGAACAGAGAGACCCUGGACAACCUGGGUGUUCUACCUCUCUACCUGACAUCCUCCUUCUACAAGAACUUCUCUAAGAAUGUAAAGGGCCAGUUCCUACAGUCAUUCCUGAAGGUGCUGAGGAAGAAUGGAACGCCCAGACAGAAGAAGAGGAGGAUGAAGACGGCUAUCAGACAGUCCAUCAUCGACCAAUCACAGUCCAAACGCUCCAUAGUGAGUGAAUGCACGGUGGGAAAUAUCACUCAGGUCACGAUCAGUGAGAAUACGUUCCCCUUCAACUACGAGACCGUGACCAAGUUCAACUGCUGCCUGACGGCCAAGACAGUGGUUGACAACCUGGACGCCAUCACCGCCAAGGUGGACGACCUGGAAUACCUUGAAGUGGUCCUGGCGAGACUCAGAGAGGCCUACUCCGCAAACUCCACCAUCCCAGAAGCGAAGGUGCAGGUUCUUGGGCCGGCUUCGCGCGUUGCCACUAAUGCUGACAUCACCAUGUGGAACAUCACCAAGAUCGACACACUGUCAGCUCUGAUGGACUCCUCCAAUGGAAACUGGGAUGCUGUUAUGGCGCAGGCCAUCAUCAGUAAGUACCUGAGUAACUCAGGAAAUACUCUGGGCAGUGCCGAGCUCAACUCCAUCGGAGGACCAAACCUGUGUUCACUAGACACCAGCCUCCUGAAGACCAUUACACAGAGUAGCCUGAGUAAGGCCAAUGCCCUGACGGUGACCAACUGCAGCAUAAUGAAGAAGAGAACGUUGUUCGUCAUCGCUGAAGGGGCCUUCCAGAGCCGCAGUACUGUCUCUGCUACCUCCUACCAGCUAACACAGCCAUACAUAGGUACCUCCUACCAGCUAACACA